AAAAAAUUUGUAGAAGAGACUACAAAUAAUUUUGAAAUACGAGAAGAGUUAAAAGUGGAAAAUCUAAAAGAUAAUCUGAAGUGUAUGAUAAGUAGCAUAUUAGAUAAACUACGCAAAUCAAUAGUAAUGGAUCGAAUUGUAAAAGAGAUAUCAGAUAACGAUACAAUUAUAAUUACAGAAAGUAGUGAAAUAAAAGAACUGAAAUCAACAACUCGUGAUAUGACACCUUAUAUAAUGAGGUCAAAAUAG